AUGGCAUCCAGCGACCCGUUCGACGACGUCCUCAAUCUUGAGGAUAGAUUCUACUCGGAAGGGUAUGAACAAGGCGUCGCCGACGGCGCCCGCGUGGGCAGGAUCGAGGGCCGCUCGUUCGGCAUCGAGAAGGGCUUUGAAAAGUUUGUCGAGGCGGGGCGGCUCUACAGCAGGUCUGUGGUGUGGGCGAACAGGCUCCCUCAGUCUCAGGCCAGACUUCAGGUGUCGGAGGCAUCAGAUGUUGCUGCUGCUGCUUCUACUGUUCCGGCUGAGGCCUCCUCGACAGCCGGCAGGACCUUGCCGAAGUUGGACAAGGGAGGCUCGAGACUGGAGAAGAACAUUGUCACCCUCCACGCACUGGUGGAACCGGAUACCUUGUCGACGGAGAACACGGAUGAGGCGGUCAAUGAUUUUGACGAUCGGGUGAAGAGGGCGCAGGGAAAGGCGAGAGUGAUUGAGAGGAAUGUUGGAGAGGAUGGCGGUGCCGACACCGCGAAGGCGGACGGCAGCAGCCCCUCGACCACAGCGGCGAAAGUUGGCGACCGUGGUGAGCCUUCAGGUUCAUCCACCUCUCCACCUCAGGGGCCAGGCAUCCAAUUCUGA